CCCCCUUGCUUAGGCACUCGCCAGCUUCAGUCCGCUCAGACAGCCCAGCAGCCUGGGGAGAUUGAGGGCUGCGAGGGGAGGGUCCGCAAGCCCAGGUGCCCCAUUUCAGGCCCGGAUGCUGCAUGACUUCAUCCUUCCGCCGGCUCUCCUUAUGAUGUAGGGCUCCCUCGGCCCCAGGCUCACAGUGGACUGGGAGAAGGAGGAGAAGGAAGAGAAGAAGGAGGAGGGCUGGCGAGAAGGCGCUGCUCCCAGCUAGACGGCGGGCUGCUCCCCGGCUCCGCUCCGCGUUGCAUACACACACGCACACACGCACACACACACAAGCACGCGCAUACACACGCACAUACAUACGCACACACACGUAGAGACACACACAGAGACACACACGCAACACACCCCACAGUGGUCUUCGCUCAGUCCUCCUGACAGCCAGCCUGCACCAUGUCGGAAAUCCUCCCCUACAGCGAGGACAAGAUGGGCCGCUUCGGCGCCGACCCGGAGGGCUCCGAUCUCUCCUUCAGCUGCCGCCUCCAGGACACCAACUCCUUCUUUGCGGGCAACCAAGCCAAACGGCCCCCUAAGCUGGGCCAGAUCGGCCGGGCCAAGAGAGUGGUGAUCGAGGAUGAUCGGAUAGAUGACGUGCUGAAGGGAAUGGGGGAGAAGCCGCCGUCGGGAGUGUAGACGCGCCGGCUCGGUCCGCGGGCUCCCGUUCCCGCCUCGGAACGGCCCGGAGCGCAGGACGGCGAUGAAGCUGCCGGCGCCCCCGGCCCGGGCUCCCGGCCCAGCCUCAGCCCCAGCGGGCCGGGGCCUCAGGACCCAGCGGCUCCGCCCGGGCCGCCGCCGCUGCUCGCUGCUCCGGAGCUGUCCGCUUCAGCACCAAGGUGGCGGCGCGGCCCGGUCAGGAGCCCCUGUAGCGCCCGGCCCCCGGCCCGCCCCGCUCAUGCACUUUAGGACUCGGGCCGCGGCCCCACCCCGCACACAGAAACGGACACAGAAACGCGUGGCACCUGGUGCCGCGGACAUGUCAUUGUCGCUGCUCAUUCCCCGCGCCCUGUCCCGCACGGCCCCUUCCCUUCGGCCGGCUUGCAAGCUAGGCAGCUAGCCGGACACGGCCCCUCCGUGCCGCCCUUCCCAGGGACGUUUGGCUGCGUCUUGCAUGCAUGAGCUUCCCCUCCGGAGCCCAGCCGGGGGUAUCAUCAUCCCCAGCCCAACCUAGGCACUCCCCCUUCCCUUUCCCUGCGUCUGGCGGGUCCCCCAUCUGCAGCCUCUUUCUAAGGUGUCUCUGCCUUAGCACAUUUGUAUUUUUAUAUCCGAUUCUUUGUUUACUGGAUCUCCUAGAAGCCCCCCCCCCCCACCUUGCUCUGGGCCACAGAUAGUCCGCGCCUGGCGGAUGGUCUCAACCCUUGGGCAAUGACUUCGGGAACCUUUCCCCUUCCCCUUGGUACCCACACGGCCAGUCGGUCCGGAUCCUCGAGAUGAGUCCCGGAGCCCCGCCCCGCCCCCCCAGGUUCAGCCUCAGGAGGGUCCCCAUUGUUUCCCCCCUUGGCCCCCAGUCCCCCCAGUCCCUGGGGAAUGCACUGCCUCUGGGAUGAUGCCAAAGGGGCCCCAGGGAUGCACCGCUGUAAAUGCUCCCCGCCCCCCAACUCCCAUCUUCACUGUACCAGGAGUUCGUGAAUAAACACAGACCUGUACAUA